UUUUUCAGAAAUAUGCUAAGCUGAUUCAGAGUUUAAACAGUGUACUACUGCAGUUUUAUUUCUUUGUGUACUACAUCCAGAAUGGGAAAUAUAAAAGAGUUUGCGUUGUUGCAUCUUUUUUUCUGCAUCACUUUUCUAGUGUCCGGGUUGACGGUCAACCUUCUGCAGUUGAUUCUCUACAUUCUGCUCUCUAGAGUUAACCGGAAGCUCUUCAGGACACUGAAUUACUAUCUCAUCUACACAAUAUAUGCUCAGCUACUUUUCUUAGCGGACUGGUGGAGUGCCGCUAAACUGAAUAUAUAUUCAGCUCCAGAUCUGCACCACGUAUUGAAGGGAAUGGGUGAGGAGCAUGCAAUAAUCCUGAUGAAUCAUCAUUAUGAGCUGGACUGGUUGUAUGGUUGGAUGGUGGGGGACAGUGCUAGGCUUCUGGGUAAUGCAAGAGUGUACGUGAAGAAGAUGCUGAAGUAUGUUCCUAUUAUUGGUUGGGCCUGGGGCUUCUCUGAUGUAGCUUUCCUUGAGAGAAACUGGGAGAAGGACAAGGAUAACCUAGCGUACAAGAUCAACCAGCUGCUAGAUUAUCCAUCUCCAGUCUGGAUCCUUCUAUUUCCUGAGGGAACUAGGUUCAGUCAGGAGAAGUUCGCCGCCAGCCAGAAGUUUGCGGCGGCAAGGGGACUCCCAGAGCUUCAACACCAUCUUAUACCAAGAACUAAAGGAUUCUCUUUUACAGUGUCACAGUUGGAUCCUACACGUAUAUCAACGGUCUACGACGUAACCCUGGUUGCAGGUUCGGAGAACUCGGCUCCUCCCACCCUAACCUCUGCUAUCCGAGGGAAGGAAACCGUUGCCAACAUGUACAUCAGGAAGUUUGAUCUCAAGGAUAUACCAAAGGAUGAGGAGGGGAGCAGUGCCUGGUUAAUGAAACUUUUCCAGGAGAAGGAUGCUUUAAAAGAUAGUUACUCUAAAACUGGGUGCUUCUCAGAACUAAGUGGAAUGCCUAAAUAUAAAGCAGUACAACAAAAGAGACGAAUUUGCAGUUUAUUAAUCUGCAUUGGAUUAAACCUGAUUGUGAACUGUGGAAUUCUAGCAUUGGUCUGGACAGGAUCAAUUUACACUAGAAUUGCUGUUCUUGUUUUCUUUGUGUUUGCUUGGCUUGCAAUGGACCGGUUAGUCAACAUCACCAAGAUCAGCAAGAGCUCGGCCUAUGGGAAAACUUCUCCAGAACAGACAAAAAAGAACGAAUAAUGAAAUCUCGUAACAUUCAGUAGUAGUUAAAUCAAAAUGUAUGUUUAUUUGCAGCAUUCACCAUCAUAGGCUUACGCCGGGGCGAAUGGCUAUGGAGGCACAGCCCCCGCCCCCCCCCCCCUUGGAUCAGUAAAAUUUAUGGUUUCAACGGGUGCUGAGCGCACCUUGGAAAACUUUAAGCCCCCCUCCCCCUAGACAAAUUUCUGAGUACUCCCCUUUCCACCAUGCUUGCCAUUUAUUUUCACAAUUUAAUGUCGCUCAAACUAUUAUGUCGGACACAGCAAUGUAACGUGCUUUAUACAGUUUUCUCCAAUACACUUUUUUGGACGUUACGGAAAUUUUUCCAGCAAAAUGUUAUAAUUUUUUAUUUUUCAAUCAAUAGUGAUUUUCAGCAGUCCUCGAAUUAAUUGUAAAAAUAAUGUUUUUGUUUUACAAAAUUUUGUGCACAUUGUCUUAAACCAAAUAGAAUCUUAUAUUUCUUGUGUUUUUUGGGACUCACUUCAAAACCUGCUAGUCUACUGUACGUUUACUCCUAAAUCUAGUUGCCAUUAUAUCGGUCUCAAGGUUUUCUGAGCUCUAAAUGUAGUUUUACCUAAUCAAUUAAUAUAAUUUAUUAAAUUUGUAAAUUAUUGGAUUUGUUCAGGUUUGGACAAAUAAUUUUACUAGCUGUACAUAUUCAUCAAUUGUGGGCAUUCAAUAAAAUUUUAAAUUAUU